AGGGCAUCCUUCCCGUGUCUGACACGUCGACAUGUUGAAGAUUGGAGCCAGUCAAGUGGCGCUUGCUGUAGCUGUUGCGCUUCUGGCGGCUUGUUUUGUUCCCCAUCAUGGGCACAUCUUAUCCAACAGAGCUGGGUAUGUCUCUUCUCGGACUGGGUGCCAUGGUGUUCACGGACGUAUGGCCGUUUGUCAUACGAACUUCUGCAUCUAUCCGUUGUCUGGUUCUCUUCCCCCUCCCGUUUUCAAGAGCUAGUUGGGU